GAAGUGCUCCAGGACAUCUUCCACCAGCCCAACAAUGACCUCCCAGACCAUUGGGAUUCCACCGAGCUGCUCUACGACAAAAACCAGUAUGGAGGAGUCCAGAUGCCCAGAAUCGUACCUGCCACGUCAUCGGCCAAGAAAAAUGGCACGGCAGGUAUGGAUCCUUUCGACAUAAAACUCUGGCAAGUGGCCUUCGAGGGCAAGCACAAUUAUAUGUUGCGACAACUCGCCAACGGAAGAUGGACUCAGUUCCAAGGCCACAAGUCACUACCCGAUGCCGUGUUUCACAUGAAACUCUCCACCUUCAUCCGCAACCGCAACAUUCGCAUCGAGACCAUCGCAGUCAACUAUUGGAAGUGGAAGAACGGUACUGAAAUGCUGCCCUCUGAAGCCCAACGGAAGGAAGCCAUGGAGAUGCUCGUCGCCAACAUUGGAGACCUCCUCAU